UCUCUCUCUCUCUCUCUCUCUCUGAACAUACCUUGAGACAUCUUGAUUUUUAGAAGUUGGCCUUACUAUGAUGUAUUAUAUAAGCAGGAACUUCUAGGGCAAGAUAGCAAGACUUGUCCAGAAGAGGAAAAUGUUGAGGCCAUAUGUCAGUUCUUCAACACCAUUGGUAAACAGCUCGACGAGAGCCAAAAAUCAAAGCGCAUUAAUGAUAUUUACUUCAAUUGAUUGAAGGAACUGUCAAUAAAUCGUCAAUUGGUACCCCGAUUGAGAUUCAUGGUUCGAGAUGUUCUUGAUCGGCGUGCAAAUAAUUGGGUUCCAAGACAGGAAGAGGUGAAAGCCAAAACCAUCAAUGAGAUUCAUUCAGAAGCAGAGAAGAAUCUGGGGUUGCGCCCAGGUGUUACUGCAAGCAUUAGAAAUAAUUGUGGUAUUGCUUCUGGUACACAAGGUAAUAUCAGCCCCAGGGGUAUCCCCAUGAAUUGGCCUGGCUCUGGUGGCAUGAUGCCAGGAACCAGGAGGAUGCCUGGGAUGCCGGGAAUUGAUAACGAAUACUGGGAGGUUCCCAGGUCUCGGUCAAUGCCAAGGGGUGAUGGAUUUAAUGUUCAGCCUGCUGGACGUGUUCAGCCACUUAAUAUUGGCAAGUCUCCAUCAUUGAACCCUCAAGUUCUGCCUCAGGGUACUGGUUCCAUAAGUGGUAGGACUGGUGCUCUGUUGCAAAGUAAUACUGGUGCCCCUCCAGUCCACCCACCCAACUUUGGCUUGGGUAUGGACCCUGCAUCUCAAGUCCUUACCCCUGCAAGACCAGUUCCAAUUGCAUCUGUGCCUCCAGUUGCUGGCAAACCACUGGCUCCUGUGAGGUUGAAUUCGAAUGAGCUUAGGAGGAAAACAAUGUCUCUUCUGGAAGAAUACUUUAGUGUCCGAAUCUUGGAUGAAGCAUUGCUAUGUGUGGAGGAAUUGAAGUCACCUGAUUACUAUCCUGAGCUUGUCAAGGAAAGCCAUUUCACUCGCAUUGGAGAAAAGUCCUCCCUUUGUAGAACCAGUUGCAAAACUUUUGGAGGACUUGUUUGCCAAAAAGGUUAUUACUGCUAAGGACAUGGGGACUGGAUGUCUGCAUUAUGGGUCAAUGUUGGAUGAUAUUGGCAUUGAUUUACCAAAAGCACCAAAUAAUUUUGGUGAGGUUAUUGGAAUACUAGUUUUGGCUGGGGGAUUAGACUUCAAGGCAGUCGGAGAGAUCCUAAAGAAGAUUGAGGAUGACAGGUUCAAGAAAGACAUAUUUACUGCUGCAAUGAGGAUUGUUAGCUUCAGUCCUUCUGGGGAAGGGGUGUUGAAUUUACAAGCUUCUGAUAUUAAUGCAUGCGAGAGCCUAUUCUAGCAACUUUGCUCUUCCUCUUGCAGGAAUGUACUUCUGUAACCUUAUGGGUCAAACAUAUUCAAUUUUAUUUUUUUUCUUCACAAUGUUCCUUCCAUUCUACAUCCAUCAGAAUCAAGCAACUGUACUACAGCAUGCGAUGAGGUGGAUCAGUGAAGAACAGGUGAUUUUCUGCGAGCUGUAUAUUUUCCCAGAGGUCAUAGUUGUGUAUGCUUGGAAGGAAAAAGACCAUAUCAUAAUGUAGUCGAUUUUGAUCCUGAGAGUAGCUAAUUAUGUGUCAUAACUGGUCGAGAAGAAGGGCCAUUUUUGGGUCCCCGUUGUUUUGUAUUGAUUAGUUCAUUUAUUUUAUUUCUUUGACUUAUUUAGUUAUUUUGAAUUGUGAGUCUGUAGAUGUGACUGCUAUACAUAAUAAUGUUAUUUUUCUUAUUC